AGCAGAGGAUUAGAUAACAUCGAUUAACGCAGAUUACUCACUCGAACGCACUGCUAACAAAUAUUUCUUCACAUCAAAUCAGCCAAUCAGGACUCUCCCUCCUCCUCCCUGUGCAGGAAUACAAAACAGAGAAGACCCCGAGGAGAUUCUCACAUUCAGCUCUGUGCAUGCACGCUCAUGCUGCUGGGAUUUUAAUCUGUGCAGAGAGACGACACGGCAAAGAUGAGAGGGUUUCAGGUUUUGAUUUGCACCCUUGCAGCUCUGUGGACGGCUGACGCAGGCCUGCUGAGAAAAAGAAGACAACUGGAAUUUUCUGGUUUCCUGUCCUCUCAUUCGUCUUCUCCAUCGUCCUCAUUCUUGUCCUCUCAUUCGUCCUCUUCAUCAUCUUCAUUCUUGUCCUCUCACUCGUCCUCUCCAUCGUCUUCAUUUUUGUCUUCUCACUCGUCCUCUCCAUCGUCCUCAUUCUUGUCCUCUCACUCGUCUUCUCCAUCGUCCUCAUUCUUGUCCUCUCACUCAUCCUCUUCAUCGUCUUCAUUCUUGCCCUCUCAUUCGUCCUCUUCAUUCUUGUCCUCUCUUGAUACCUCAGGUGGGAUCUGUCUGAACGGAGGCACCUCCAUGCGGUCCCUGACUUCUGGUGAUCACAUGUUCUGUUUGUGUGCUGACGGCUUUGAGGGGACCCGAUGUGAAACAGUGAAGAGAGGCGCCUGCUAUGAGGGCGUGGGAUUGUACUACAAAGGCACGACGGCUAUAUCACAGAGUGGGCGAACAUGUCAGGAGUGGGAUGCAGACACCAGGGAGCGAUACAUGACUUCAGAUGUCAAUGCAGGGAGGCACAACCACUGCAGAAAUCUCCUCCUUAAGCGGCGUCCGUGGUGUUACGUGUGGAAGAAACAGAAGCUGAGGUGGGAGUAUUGUGACAUUCCUCGCUGUGGCGUCGAUUCAUUCUCAGCCCUGCCUUCUCCUGCACCCACUGAACCAGAACAACCAGAACCAGCUGCAGAGUCCACAUGUGGCGAGCGCACCAGAAGAAGGCAGACUAAGAUCGUGGGUGGAACCAUCUCCACUGUGGAAUCUCACCCGUGGGUGGCUGCCAUAUUCUGGCGUGGUAAAUCCAAGGAGAAGACUUUCCGCUGUGGGGGGAGUCUGAUCUCAGCCUGCUGGGUGCUCACAGCUGCCCACUGCUUUCCCGACGGAUCCCACACCAAAGCGCACCGCUUCUCCGUCAGCCUGGGGAAGAACGCGCUGAAUGAGACGGACGUGGCUGCGGAGCAAACAUUCAGGGUGGAGGAGAUCAUCAUGCACGAGGACUUCGACAACAGCGAGGGGAACUUCAACAACGACAUCGCUCUGAUUAAGCUGAAGGCCAACAAAGGGAAGUGUGCAGAAGAAAGCAACUUAGUGAAAACCAUCUGCCUGCCUCCUCCUCUGCAGAGACUCCAGCCCGGUGACACCUGUGAGAUCGCCGGAUAUGGGAAAGAGAAAUUUGGUCUGUGGUACCGGUCUCAGUUCCUCCAAGAGGCUCAGGUGAACGUCUUCGCCGACGAUGUAUGUCGACACGAGGAUUAUUACGAAGACAAGAUCACUGAUAACAUGUUUUGUGCCGGUCGGCCCGACUGGAGCCAAGACGCCUGCGAGGGAGACUCUGGAGGACCUCUGGCGUGCGAGGUGGGCGGCAGGCUCUUCCUGUUCGGAGUGAUCAGCUGGGGAGACGGCUGUGCUAAAGAGUUUCGACCCGGGGUUUACGCCAAAGUGACGAACUACAACGGAUGGAUAGAGGAGAAGACGGGGCUGUCGUCCAUCACUGCGGGGUCUAUGUACCCUCAGAAGUGAGAACGUGGACGGUUCCUUUAAAAGAACUGGAUGUAUAAAGAUGUGCAAGCUCUCUCUUUGUAGUGAUGAAGCUAAACCUUGAACUUAGGUGAGCAUUUCACCUUUAAUAAGCUAUCUCACACAGGCACAGUUAUCCUGUGAUACCCUUGAGUACCGCUCUGUUGAGCUGCUUGUUUCUUUCAUAAGGAAAUGAUAUAUUAUCACACAGAUGUAAGACUUAUUCUUGAGUUUCUUUAGGAAUAAAACUGUAGAUUUUUUUAAAGCUUGUGCAGAUAUUUUUGUUGAUAUUGUAAAAAAUGUUCUAUAUUUUUUAUUCAGUUCAUUUAGAUCACUUUGCAUUGUUUUGUACUGCAGGAAUAGAUGUUAGUGUUAUUUUUACUGAGAGAAAAACAUGCUCAACAAAUUGUUUUUUUAAAUUGCGUUGUAAUUAAUGUAAAUAUUUUUGUACUUUUACAUUUUGUCUGUUUUUAAAAAAAUGCCUGAGUAAAAAGAGAAAUGUAUAAAAUGCAGAAAAUUCUUUAAAGUUACUUUAUUUCUCCAACUGCUUCUCUUAGCUAUAAAUUGAUAUAAAUAAACUGUUAUAAAUCUAAAUUUCUCCAGUCAUUAUUUGAUUUUAUGAUUGUACAAUUCUGAAAAAUUUGUGAAAUGCUAUCUCAGUAAUGCAGAGUCCAAAGUAACAUCUUCACAGUAUUUGUUUUCACAUUUUGAGUGCACAAAUCUGAAUUUAUAAGAAGCUAUUACUCACUUGCUGUAACCUAUACAAAAACUCUAGUAUUGUUUAGUCAAGCUGUUUUGAUUCUUGUAAAUACUGAGCUUGAUAUUAUUAUUUUCUUGCUGUUAUUAAAGUGGCCACAAGAGGGCGGUAAUGUGGUACAAAUA